UCUCCCUCUCCUCUCCUGAGUCUCUCUCCUCACUGCACCUGAGUCCUCUCUACUGACAACAUGGGUUGCUGUGGCUGUGGAGGCUGUGGUGGCUGUGGCGGCUGUGGCGGCUGUGGCUGUGGUGGCUGCGGUGGUUGUGGCUGCGGUGGCUGUGGUUGUGGUGGCUGUGGCUCCUGUGGCUGUGGUGGCUGUGGCUGUGGUGGCUGUGGCUGUGGCGGCUGUGACUGUUGUGGUGGCUGCUGCGGCUGCUGUGGCUGCUGCAAGCCUGUGGUAGUCUGCUGCUGCCACCGCUGCUGCUGCAACUCCUGUGGCUGUGGCUCCUGUGGCUGCGGCUGUGGCUGUGGGAAGGGCUGUUGCCAGCAGAAGUGCUGCUGCCAGCAGAAGUGUGGCUGCAAGNAGUGCUGCUGCUAGCAUGGCUGCUGGCCUCUGGGCUUCUGCUGUAGGUAACUGCUAGAGGUUAGUCUGUCUAUCUACCUGCCUGCGUGCCUGCCAGCUUACCUGUCUGUCUGACUGUUCCUGAUGGGAUUGUGAGUCACCAGCAUGAACUGAGCUUAAUGCCAUUGCAGUCUGGCAUUUCUAGUGUUGAUAUCCUGCCAACCCUUGAUAGGCACCAAGCAAGUGAAUGAAUCCCAGGUCCUCUGGGUCACUUACCUUUCAAUCACAACUGUGGCACGUGCGAUCUGGUUGGGUUAUGCUGUGACAUUCUACAGUGCCUGUAAUUCUCACCAAUGACCUGCUUUCCCAUUGCGUUGACACAUCUGUAAUCACAAAGCUUCUCUUGCUUAAUAAACAUCAGCAAACU